GACAGUCAACUGAGGACGACCCACUCCUCCUCAGAAGAAGAAGGAGGAGACGCGGAAGCUGGAAAACAAACCACACUGGUCGAUGUGUUUACACCUAAUAUUUACAGUCUAUGGUUUCUCAACACUGGAACAACACCCACUUGUCAGAUGACUUGUCCUUCGUUUACUAACCUUUCUUCUUCUGGGCUCUGAAUGAGUUUAGAGCAUCACUGGGACAGACACUCCCAUCGAUCAGUCGACUGGAAAGACCAAACGCCACCAUGUUGGGGAGGCUCGGCCUGAGCAGAGGCAUUACAGCCCUGACACUCAGUAAGAAUGCCACUUUGUACAUGAAGGAGUUGACACCUCCAGUCUCAGGGUGUAAGAUCCAAACCUCUGAACAACAGAAACCUCUCAUGGUGAUGUUACCGUGGUUGGGAUCUCGACCCCAAGCUGUGGCCAAGUACUGUGAAAUCUACUUCAACACCGGCUUCGAUGUGCUUGUAGUGGAGAGUGAGGUGAAAGAUUUCCUUUGGCCUCGCUUGGGUCUGGACCACGGAAAGAGGUUGCUGGAUUUGCUCCACAGUGAACACUUUGUCUCCCGCCCUCUGCUCGUCCAUGCCUUCUCUAUAGGUGGAUACACGUUUACUCAGCUGCUGGUAAAUAUGUCCCGGGACUCAGAGAAAUAUCAGGCACUCUCAAAAAGGAUCAAGGGGCAAGUUUAUGACAGCUUGGUGGUGGGCUCUGUCGAGAGAAUGGCUACAGGUCUGGGCAAAACGUUGUUCCCUAGUUUGGAGAUGCUGGUAAAACGAGUAAGCUUGUUUUACUUCAGCUUGUUCAAACACCAAACCAUAGACUACUAUAAUGCCGGGAUUGAAGCGUUUUGGGCUACGCCCGUCACAGCACCUGCACUCUUCUUCUACUGCGAGAAUGAUGCAUUGAGCGACCCACAGGUCAUGGAGGAGUUGAUAGACCACCUGCGGAAGCGCGGCAUGGACAUUACAGCAAAGAAAUGGGCAGAUUCAACACACGCCGGCCACCUGAAGAGGCACAAAAACGAGUAUCUGACCACCCUCAACAUGUUUCUGAACUCACUCCACUUUGCCCCACUGAAGGCCAAAUUGUAAGGGCGAUUUCUUUGAAGCCAAAUCGCAUAGAAACUAAAGAUUAUUUUUGUUGUGUGUUUUUAUCUCUAAGCAAGCAUGUGUUGUAUUACUGUAGAAGCAAAUAUUAACUCUGGGAUAAUGUUUUACUUGAAUAUUACACUAAUUCACUUACUGAGCGUACUACCAGUCAGUGCCUGUCAAAAAAUACUUUUAAUACUAUACUACUAGUAUAUAAAAAUACUCUUGUACUCUUUGACAAAGAAAACACAGGUCUUCUUAGCAUUCUUAAAAGAAGUGCUCUGAGGUUCUCCACUCCACAGCCUCAUGGUGUGUAAUGAUUUUAUUUAAAACUUUAGGUUAUUACAGUUUACAAGGUCGAUACUCUUGGAAGUUUCAACAUGUGUCUUUUCAAAAGAAAGGGACGCUUGUCUCCGUGUUCCUUUGUCAGAUGACAAUGUAAUGUUUGUUUCAUGAUGUGCCUUCCUUCUAGUCUCAUUCUUGAAAUAUGCAACCUUCAUAAAGCUGCAAAUCAAAAUGUGAAAGUUUACAUUCCUUUAACAACCAUUGCAUAUUCUAAUUGUUAACUUUAUUUUAAAGAAUAUUUUGAGUAUACAGCCUGGAAAGGACCAUUGAGAACUCAUGAUUAUUAAGUAUAAUGUAAAUCCUAUACUACCUUUUUCUGAUGUGUUUGUUGUUCAGUGUAUUUAACAUGCCUAUAGAGAUUGUAUGUGCGACCUGAUGCCUUGAAUUUCACACAAGCUGUACUUUUCCAUUGAAGUAGUCUAGAAGGAAGAAAAUAAAUGUAAGCAAACAGAAAACUAGUCAGACCAGUUUUGACUCGACCCUUUUGAAUGACUCUUCAAACAACGUAGCAGAUUAACUCCCAUCUGUUUAACUACCACGCUUUAAAAAAACAAACUUAAACAAUAUAUACAUUUUUUUUGUAUUAUGCCUGUUACAUACAAUGUUUUGUUAAGAAAUCAUCCAGCAGUGUAUGUUGUUUGGAAAUAAAAUUGUAAGGAAUCUUCCUCUA